UUCUGGAUGGAGACAUUGACCCCAUGUGGAUUGAGUCUCUCAACACUGUCAUGGAUGACAACAAGGUUCUUACUCUGGCUAAUAAUGAACGUAUCCCACUCACCCCCUCGAUGAGACUACUGUUUGAGAUCAGCCACUUGAAACAUGCCACGCCUGCCACCGUGUCCCGAGCUGGCAUCCUGUACAUCAAUCCUCAGGAGCUUAGCUGGAACCUAUAUGUUACGAGUUGGAUUGAUCGGAGGGAGAGACAAACUGAGAGAGCACACCUGACCAUUCUGUUUGACAAAUACAUCCCUCGCUGUAUUGAAAAAAUGAGAAGCUCCUUUAAGACGAUCAUUCCUAUUACUGAGAACAGCAUGACUCUGUGCUCCUUGUUGGAUUGUCUGGUAACUCCGGAGAACAUUCCGGCAGACACUCCACGGGAAAUCUAUGAGACAUACUUUGUGUUCGCAUGUGUGUGGGCUUUUGGUGGAGCCACAUUCCAGGAUCAG